AUGCGGCCCGGGGAGGGGGCGCUGGGGCUGGGGGGAUCUCCCCAUAGCGGGCGGCGAAGGCCUGCGGCGGGGGCAGCGGUGCUGGAGCUGUUCCGACUGAGCUCUGCCGCUCCCAGGUCCGCCUCCGGGCGUGCUCCGGGGCAGGCCCCGCUGGAACGCGGGGAGCGGUGCCGCGGUGAGGAGCUGCGUAAGUACAAAUAUAAUGUCAGGUGGCUGAAAAUUUGCCUAUCAAAAUGUCAAGUUGUCAAGCAAACCAAAUGUGCUUGCAUUUAUAUCUUGACAGAAAGGCCAUCUUACGCCCCACCUCCUACCCCAGCUCCUGCAACCCAAAUGCCCAGCACCCCAGGGUUUGUGGGAUACAAUCCAUACAGCCAUCUGGCCUACAACAACUACAGGCUGGGAGGGAACCCGGGCACCAACAGCCGGGUCACGGCUUCCUCUGGCAUUACCAUCCCCAAGCCCCCCAAACCCCCAGACAAGCCCCUGAUGCCCUACAUGAGGUACAGCCGGAAGGUCUGGGACCAAGUGAAGGCGUCCAACCCUGAUUUGAAGUUAUGGGAAAUUGGCAAGAUAAUUGGAGGAAUGUGGCGAGAUCUCACUGAUGAAGAGAAGCAAGAGUAUUUGAAUGAAUAUGAAGCUGAAAAGAUCGAGUACAACGAGUCCAUGAAGGCCUACCACAACUCCCCUGCCUACCUGGCCUACAUCAACGCCAAGAGCCGCGCCGAGGCCGCGCUGGAGGAGGAGAGCCGCCAGCGGCAGUCCCGCAUGGAGAAGGGAGAGCCCUACAUGAGCAUCCAGCCAGCAGAAGACCCUGAUGACUAUGAUGAUGGCUUCUCCAUGAAGCACACAGCCACUGCUCGCUUCCAGAGGAACCAUCGCCUCAUCAGUGAGAUCCUCAGCGAGAGCGUGGUGCCCGACGUCCGCUCCGUCGUCACCACCGCGCGCAUGCAGGUCCUCAAGCGCCAGGUCCAGUCCCUGAUGGUGCACCAGCGCAAACUGGAGGCUGAGCUGCUGCAGAUCGAGGAGCGGCACCAGGAGAAGAAGAGGAAGUUCCUGGAGAGCACAGAGUCCUUCAACAACGAACUCAAAAGGCUGUGCAGUUUGAAGGUGGAAGUGGAUAUGGAAAAAAUUGCAGCUGAGAUUGCCCAGGCUGAGGAACAGGCUCGGAAGAGGCAGGAGGAGAGGGAGAAGGAAGCAGCUGAGCAAGCAGAACGCAGCCAGAACAGCACAGCAGCUGAGGAGGAGCAGGCAGCUGCCAAGACAGAGGAGAAGAAGGAAGAGGAGAGUGCCCCAAUGGAGACAGAAGAGCCUCAGCCAGAGGAGAGCACAGAGAGCCAGCAGAACGGUGAGGAGGGAACCUCCACCCCAGAGGACAAAGAGAGUGGCCAGGAGGGGGCUGACAGCACUGCUGAGGAGGGCACCAGUGACAGCAACACUGGCUCAGAGAGCAACAGUGCCACUGUGGAGGAGCCUCCUGCAGACCCCAGCACUGAGGACAGUGAGAAGAAAGAAUAAAAAAUGACUCCUGGCUGUGUCAGUUUGUAGUGAAACCCUGCUCUGAUUUCCCAGCCUGCUCCUUCCCUUCUCUGCCCUCCCUGCCCCUGGGUGGCACCCUGCCAGGCUGCCAGCAGGGUGCCUCCAAGGGACUCCAGAGGCACAGAGCUCUCAGAGCAGAGCAAAGCAAACCUCUGGUGCCUGAGCAGAGCUGGGACAGCACAGGGAGGUGCUUGGUUUUCUUUUUUUUCCCCUCUGGUGAGGAUUCUUUCCAGCAGGUCCUUGCUUUUCUUUACCAUUUAACUCCUUCAUUUGCUGCUGAGCUGCCCUGGAACAGCCUCAGGCAGAGCUGUGGCCAAGCUGAAAGCAGGAGAGGUCUAACCCUGUGCUGUCUGAGCAGGCAGCCCCUGAUGUGCUACAAUGGGAAAGCAAAGAGUGGGUUUGCUUGCCAGGGCUUUGAGAGCCUCUGGGAACUCAAAAGGUCCUGAAAAUGCCACAUUUGGCCCUAGAUAAGAAAAAAAAAUCAUUGCCACAACUGAUCCAAGCUGCUCCUGCCCUGCCAGCUGAGAGAGCCCAGGCUGAGUGCUGCAGCCACAAGCAGGGAGCAGAGCUGCUGGGGGUUAAAUCCUUUGGGGUUGCUUUUUAAAUGAUCUAAAACUAAUA